AUGCGAGUUAGCGUGAACACAGAACCAGAUGACAUUUCUCGUCAACUUAGGUCAUUCUGGGAACAGGAACACCUUGGGAUCGUCGAUGACGCACCGCUGACCACCGAAAACGACGACGUUCUUAGGGCAUUUGAGGACACCAUCGUCCACAAGAACGGUCGUUACGAAGUGAGGCUUCCAUGGAAAGAGAAGGCAUCACAGCUGACAGACAACAAGAGGACAGCAUCCCACAGGCUUCACUCACUCACGGCGAAACUAUUACGAAAUGACGAAAUGAUCCGCAGCUAUGAUCAGGCAGUGCGGAACUACCUUGAUGCCGGACAUACUGAGGAAGCCAACGAACUGGGUGAGUCCCCGCAGGGGCCCGUUUAUUACAUGCCGCACCGAGGCGCUAUCCGGCCAGGCAGCCAAGCAACCAAGUUGAGGGUCGUAUUUGAUGCGUCCUCCAAAGCAGCAGGGAAGCUAUCAUUCAACGACGUUCUCUACGCAGGACCCAACCUAAAUCCAAGUUUGUCAGAGAUCCUGAUUCGAUUUCGAGUGCACAUUGUGGGCAUAACGUCUGACAUAGAAAAGGCUUUCCUCCAAAUCGAGCUGGCUGAGAAGGAGCGUGACGCUCUCCGCUUUCUGUGGUAUCAAAGAACACCAAAGCAAGGCGAAAUACUACCCCAAAUCAAAGAAUACCUGAUGACAAGGGUGCCAUUCGGCGCUACGUGCAGCCCGUUUCUCCUCGCGGCUGCCUUACGUCAUCAUCUGAAAUGUGUCGACGAGAACUUUCCCCGCACCGCUAAGAUCCUAAGUGACAACCUGUAUGUCGACGACUUUGUAACUGGUGCUGACAGUGUAGAAGAGGCAGUGCAGAUAUGCAAGGAAGCGCAGGCUAUACUCGAAAUGGGAGGCAUGAGCCUCAGGAAAUGGCGAUCGAAUAAUCAAGACGUGAUGGCAUCGCUUACUGAGAUUGAGACAGCCCAAGCGGCUGUACCGGAGUUGGCCCCCACAAAGAUUCUCGGUGUGGAAUGA